AGCACGCUCAGUGGAGGGCUCAUUCCCUUGGUGGACACACUCAAAGAAGGAGCCAUGGCAAAAGUGAUAGGAAUCCGGAAUGCCACACCCAGGCGAUGGGCCUGCUUCUUAGCUGCACUGUCACUGCUGUGCUUGGCAGUCCAAGCAGUCCAGAAGGCAGACCUUGGUGGGGAUUCUACAGUGGCCACCAUCAACCACUCCCUGUCCUUGCUGCAGCGAUUGCAAGAGCUCCUGCACAACGGGAAUGCCAGCGACACCACUCUGCGGGUGCGCACAACUGGCUCUGAUGAAAUCAAAGUCUUCCACACCCACCAGCUGAUGCUCAGCUUGCAGAGUGACAUCUUUGAGAGCCUCCUGCACAACCAAACGAUGCUGACCCUGCACGAGCCACCUGACAGUGCUGCCCUUUUUGAGAAGUUCAUCAGGUAUCUGUACUGUGGCGAGAUCUCCAUCCUCCUUCAUCAAGCCAUCCCUCUUCACCGACUAGCUAGCAAAUAUCAUGUCUCCAGUUUACAGCGGGGGGUGGCUGAGUAUAUGAAGAGUCACUUGGCCAGUGAGUCAACCCAGGGCCAUGUGGUGAGCUGGUAUCACUAUGCAGUGAGGAUCGGAGAUGAGGCUUUGCAGGAGAGCUGCCUCCAGUUCUUGGCCUGGAAUCUCUCUGCUGUGAUGAACACUGCUGAGUGGGCCUCAGUGAGCAUAGACUUGCUGCUGCUGUUGCUCGAACGCUCUGACCUGGUCCUUCAAAGUGAACUGGAACUGUACACUGCUGUGGAGGAAUGGGUGGCUACACAUCAGCCUGAGAGCCCUGUAGUAGAGAAGAUGCUGAGAGUUGUGCGCUACCCUAUGAUCUCCCCCAGCCAUCUCUUCCACCUGCAGAAGCAGUCUUCGGUGAUGGUGAAGCACUAUAAUGCCGUGCAGGACCUGCUCUUCCAAGCUUUCCAGUUCCAUUCUGCAUCCCCAAUCCACUUUGCCAAGUACUUUGAUGUCAACUGCAGCAUGUUCCUGCCUCGCAACUACCUCUCCACCUCUUGGGGCUCCCAGUGGGUUAUUAACAACCCAGCUCGGGAUGACCGCAGCACUAGUUUCCAGACCCAGCUGGGACCUAGCAACCAUGACUCUUCCAAGCGGGUGACUUGGAAUGUCCUGUUCUCCCCGCGUUGGCUCCCUGUCAGCCUGCGUCCUGUCUACUCUGAUUCCGUGUCUGGAGCCAUCCAGUCCAUCAGGAUUGAGGAUGGGCGCCCUCGCUUGGUUAUCACUCCAGCCACAACCAGCUCUGACUUUGCUGGGGUCAGUUUCCAGAAGACCAUCUUAGUGGGAGUGAAGCAGCAAGGCAAAGUCUUUGUCAAACAUGCCUACAGCUUCCAUCAGAGCACAGACGAAGUGGCUGACUUCCUGAUGCAUGCUGACUUGCAGAAGCGUACUUCUGAAUACCUCAUUGACAAUUCCCUGCACCUGCAUAUCAUCAUCAAGCCGGUCUAUCAUUCGCUGAUCAAGGUGAAGAAAUAGGAAGAAAAGGAACAGCAGGGCAAGGCAUGGGGUGAGCUCUGCUGGUGUACAUUGAGGAAUGGUGACCCAACCACCAUCCACUGCAAAAAGUUUGAUGCAUAAUCUGUAUUUUGCAAUUUAUGGAUGCCAGAAUGACUUUUUGGGAUAAGCCCACAGUGCUCCUAGCACAGCAAUAACAUCUGUACCAGCAAAUCUGGGAUUUUUAGCUUUUUAGAUAGAUGGGAAAUCACGGGAGGGAGGGAAAUUUUUUCGUCUUUGUUUAAGUUGCUUAUGUUUAGAUCCCUUCCAACUUCCUUUUAAAUUACUCAGGUAGCACUGGAGGAUCUCUGUGGUGCUUUGGAUUAGGGUGUUCGCGUUCUCAAAGGUACGCCCAUAGUGACAGCUUUGUCUCUCCUAGCUGCUUAGAACCUGACUUGCAUUCCAUGUCUUGACCUGGAUCUCUAUGGAAUGGUGGGAAUUUGACAGUCAAAGAAUGAAGCACCCUGGUAGAACAAGCUCCUGGAAAUAAUACUGAAAACAAUCUCUUUGUGUUAUCCUCAUUUGACCUAGGUCUGUCAGCAUUCUGUAUGCUUGAUACCAGCCCAAGGGAUCCAUGGGGGGACUGUAGACUGGAGUAGGGUGGAGAGAGAAAAUCAAGCUCCAGCUGUCUCCUGCAAAGUCCAGGCAGGGUAUCUUAAAGAAUAACAGGCAUUUCUGCUCAUAGUUCGGUUUGACUUGUCUUCAUUAGAGGGAUGUGUAUUUGUUUGAAACGACUAAGCUAUAAUAAAUCUAUCACCAGCAGAAAAAAAAAUAAAGAGUGAAGUCACCACCAUUAUGCGAAAUGAAAGUAAGUGUGAAAAUAACGUGAAAGAGAGGAAGAUAAUAGAUGAUCUGUGCUCCCCCAGUCUUGGUCAGGGCAACCCAACCCAGCUUCUGAGCACCUAUGACAUCUAGAAUACUUUCCCCUCUGUAAAACCCAUUGCACACAAGCAUUGUAUUAUUGUUUUUUAUUCCUGUAUCUGAGUCCUUGAUUCUGCAAAGACUUGUUAAUGGCCACUCACCACAAUUUAUUUCAGGUAAAUAGGAGUAAGCUAUUACCUGAAAGUUUUCUCAGAUUCCCUCAGACACAAAUCUUCCCUCUGAAGAUUUCAUGAAGUUAAACUGUAAACACACACACGCACGCACACACACACAAACACAGAGGGAUCUGGGAGAAUUCCAGUGCAGAUACCAACACAACCACAGCUUUGUCAAAGGAAUCUGAUCUUUCUACAGGAAUUUCAGCUGGAAUGAAUGUUAAUUUUAAGAGUGUUGAAGGUGGUGCUUUUGUCCUGAUAUUGGCUCUUAUCAAAGAGCAUUCUGAAACAGUUCAAAAACCAGUUAUCCAUCGUUGGUGAUGCUGUUAUCAUAUCACCUUGAACAAUCUAAAAAAAGAGAGAAAUUACUGCCCAUUUCCAGCCCUUGCCUUUCAUUACUGGUCUCUUGUAUAUUUUCCCCCUUUCAAGACGGUUUUCCUGUAAUAUGCGCGAAUUCUUAAUAUUGAACAAAAAAAUGACAAGUAAAUAAAUAAUUGGGACAUUGUUUAAGGGAA